ACGACGAUGAAGAACCGUUUUAAUGAUGCAGCUCUCGUAAACCGCUGCAGCAUGCUAUAGCUCUGUAGAAUGUUAGCGCAUAUCUUGUGUACCAGUGUCUCCUUGUUCUAUUCUGCUUGACCUGAGGUCGAUCAAUACAUCGGUUUUACGCACGGCUCGUCCGUGCCUAGGGCCUAUACAAUGAACUCUUGUUCGUUGUGUUUCUCAUUCAUGCGUAAGUCUUUCCUACAUUCGCUUUUUUUAUGACAACUUAAAAUGUUAUAUUUUUCUCCAUCGAACCGACACAGUGUACGACUAAUUGUUGCAUCGUGUACUUCCUCGCGGCGGAUAUAAUUCUUUGUAGUCGGAUGAUCUCUGACGGGUACGAGAGUAUUGAUGGAAUUUUGGUAUAGUGUCUUCUAGGCUGUGCAAUGGGGGGCACGUCUGCUCUCCUCCAAAAUACUGCUGUUCCGGUGAAUGUUGUUACAUUGUAUUUCAUCUGUACUCUGUAUCAGAUAUGUUUAAUUUAUUGAUUUGGACAUAUUGGUAUUUAUGGGCAGUGGUGCUUGCUACAUUGGCUAUAGUAGCAGGAACAUGUGGAUAUUGGUUAUGGAAGCGCCACCAUUCAUCUCAUCAUCGUGCCUGGUCUCCAGAAAUAAUAGAAGAUUUUACUUCUUCUGACAGAGGAUCUUCAGUAUCAUGGUAUUCACCACCACGUUACAACCGCUCUGGUUCCUUUGUUCAAGCAUUACCACCUCCAUAUAAUGAGGUUACAGCCAAACCAAAUCUGUACCCACUAGUUUUUGGAUAUGAUGAAGGAUCUGGUAAAGGAACCUCAGGAUUUGUAAUGCGUUAUUUCAGAUCACUCUCACAUGCAAGCACGCUAGAUUCGUUAGGUUCAAGUUUUAUCUGUAAUAUGGUGAAUGAAGCAAAUACAAUAAUUCCACCACCAUAUUCGUGUAAUAAUAGCGUUGAUGAGUUGUCCGUAGUAGAAUGUGCAAGAAUGGAUAAUAUUGAUGUUGGAUCGGUUGUAUCAUUGGCUAAUCAUAGGACUACCUCUGACAUAUCGAGUCUAGCUGCUCAAUCUCCGUGUUCACCACCACGGGCUACUAGUCCAACGAUAGAGUUACGUGAAUUGUUAGACAAGAUUCAACAGCUACCCCAACUACCUGGUGGGCAUAGCACUGUUUUGUCUUGUUACCAGAAUCGGCCACAAGUUUUAUGUACGUCAAAUGCAAAUGGCUCUACGCAACGGCCUCUAAGUCCAGGGGACAUUGGAACAUGUAAAACUAGACGAACGCGAGGAAAAAUGUAUAUGCCAUUGGGACCUUCAAGUUCGAAGAACAAGACUAAACGAUGGAUGUCGCGAUCAGCGCCAACGACGCCAUCAGGCACAAUACCAAUGUCUUUUUUGCCUGGACAAAGUAGACGACCUUCCGAAACAGAUAAUAAUAAUCGGCAAGUAGUUCCUUUGCUUUCGGAACAAGAUGAAACGGAGAGCAAUAACGUGGAUCAGUUGAACGACAUUCCAUUAUUAUCCGAACAAGAAGAAGACCGACAGUAAACAUGACGUAUGGUUUAAACGUGUUUCGGGUUUACGUAUUAAGAAAGGAAUCUAUUCCAGAUAAUGUCACCCUACAUAAUCUCUAUAUUUUUAACAUGGCUGGUAUACUCUUUAUUGCAACUUUGUACGAAAAGUUACUGUAUGUAAAACUUCGGUAAUUGAUUUCGUCCAAAAAAAGAUAUUGCCUGUGCUCCUAGAAAAGAGAAACGUUUACUGCUGUAACAUAAUUUUUCGUUUUACAAACAGCAGGUGCCAUAGUAUCUUUCCCUUUUUCUAGCGAGUCUUUUAAACUGAAGCGGUACGCGAUAGAACGAUAAAUGAUAAUGUACUCUUUAAGCUCUGUGAAAUAGCAUAUAAUUAACUUACAGAACAGUUACAGAAACACGAAGAACAUAUUACAUGAAACGUUACAAUGAUAGAUCUUAUUUAGAAGUAUUUAAGCCUUACUCGUUGAAAUCUUGGUCGAAGUAUGUAUUUUAUACAUCGAAUUUAAUUUCUGCCUAAAAAUGGUAAUGUGUAAAUGUAAGAUAUAAGUUAAGAAGUUAUUUAUUGCAUCGAUAAGUUUUAAUCGUAUACAGUACACAGUAAUACAGUGUCCAUCCAAAAGCAGCCAGCCAGAAAGAUGUUAAGGAGUUAAAAUACGAGUUAAAAUAGUACGAGUUGAAGUGUGAAUGAAACACGGAAGAGUCAAAUUUUCACGAGUCGAUGUACAAUAUCAAUUCUAUUGAACGAUAAAAAAAGCUUAUGAAAGGAAAGUUAUCGCAAGCACAACGAUAGCAGAGUAUUGAUAAUUUUAACUGAAAUGAUAAAUAUGAAACGAAAGACGUAGAAUAAUACGCAUGUAACGAGGUGAGUGAGAUCGAUAUAAGCGUCGAACAGUUAGGAAGAAACGAUAAAUCUGCCGUGUCACGAGAAUCCCAUUCAUAAUCAUAGAAUUUAAUAAACAUUUGUUACAAUCAUAAACUUUAUUCUUAAAGACGUAAAUGAGAAAUCAGUCACUUUAACUGAUGAGUACUACAUACUCAUUCACUCACACACCCUGUAUCAACAUGUAUUUUUUUAUAAAUCGGAUAUGAAAUAAAUCCAAGCUUUUACGAAA